UCAUGGCCUGGUCAGGAUUUAUAAAUGGAGUGAGCAUGACAGAAAAGGUAGGAAGGUCCUGAACAGAAUGAACAGAAUGAACAAGAUGACAGUCAUGCAGAGCGUUGUAUGGCCUCUAUUGCUCUGGCCCUGUCUGCAAACCGUAAGCAUCCCCCUAGACUGUAGGGAAGAUCAGGGCGGCCUCAACAGCUGCCCCUCCAUCUCCCAAGAGAAGCUUCUAGACCGAGUCAUCCAACACGCCGAGCUCAUCUACCGUGUCUCAGAAGAAUCAUGCUCUUUGUUUGAGGAGAUGUUCAUCCCGUUCGAAUUGCAGCUCCAGAGGAACCAAGCAGGCUAUGCAUGCAUCACCAAAGCCUUACCCAUCCCCAGCUCCAGGAGUGAAAUCCAACAGAUCUCUGACAAAUGGUUGCUCCACUCUGUGUUGAUGCUGGUCCAGUCGUGGAUCGAGCCUUUGGUCUACCUGCAGACCUCACUGAAUCUCUACGAUGUGGCUCCUGACACACUGCUUAACAAGACCAAGUGGGUGUCUGAGAAGCUGAUCAGUCUGGAGCAAGGAGUGGUGGUCCUCAUCAAGAAGAUGUUGGCUGAGGGGUUGUUAACCACAAACAGUGAGCAAGGCCUUUUCCACAACGACGCUCAGCCAGAGAUGCUGGAAUCCGUGAUGAGAGACUAUACCUUACUCAGCUGCUUCAAGAAAGACGCCCAUAAGAUGGAGACCUUCCUCAAGCUCCUCAAGUGUCGACAAACUGACAUAUACAACUGCGCAUAAGCCUCAAAGUUGAGCUUUUAAAUAAUACAGCUUUUUAAUGAAUUCCUGAGUUUACUAGUACUUAUAGAUAUGACCAUGCCUUAGGCGCUGCUGCCUCGCUUGUAUUGCAGUACAUUCUUUAUUGAUUGUUUUGGAACACCUUCACACAAAACUAAGUAGGUGUGAUGCUGUGCCCUUUAUGGAGCAUUCUGCAUUUUAUAUUCCCCCGCUCAGUUGUUAUCUUAACCUGGCAAAGGCAACAGAGGGCAAACUCCCAAAAGAUUAUUUGCGUGUCGAGCUGUCAAAGAAAUCUACAUAUCCUGCCAUUGAUUUCCAUUUCCUUUGUUCUUAACUGGUGUUUGUAUUCCUCGCUGUCUCUGGCAGUGUUUUGAUUAUUCCCACGGCCCCCAGAGUAUUCAGUGAGAUGGUUUCUCUCCUGCAUUAGUGAAAUGAAACACUUUCACCGGAGACGGGAGUCAAACCGAGAGCAAUCACUACUUUAAAAAAGACACAUUUUGAUCGGUGCAAGGAACACAGAUAGAGAAGAAAUAACAGCUAAAAUGAGGGGCAAGACUUGGCUACCUGGAGUUUCUGGUUGAGCAGGUUUAGAUUUGCUGAGUGCUGAUGAAAUAAUCCAGAAUAUUUGAAUGCCUAAAUGUGCCUAAUUAAGCUUGUUAAAUGAUCGGGGAGAUCCAUUUGAAAUUUUAGAAUGUUCUUUUAUGAAUAGGUAAUGCAGAAUUCAAAGUAUAUUUUGUUCUACUCUAUGAUGCCCAAUGUACUGUGAAAACCUUUCUAGAAUACCAAUCUUUAAGUGGUAUUUAAGGCGCUAAUAAAGACAAAUGUAUUUAGAAAA